UACCGUGCAACAAAUCUGUCCGUCUUCAUCGUCCACCAUUUAAAGGGAAAGGAAAAAUCAGUUCAACAUUUUCAGAUUUUGUGGGGUGGAACGGGUGCAGGUAUUCGAGCACGUGGGCGAUUAUGCAGGUGAAAAUGUCAUUACUUGGCAGCUUAAUUGUUGUCAUUCUUCUGGGCCAUUGCAUGACAGCCCAAUCAUCAGACACUUGUAGGCUUGGGUUAGUGGAGCGCAGUGUGCGUGAAAGACCUCCCUUUGACCGUGAUUGCCUGUAUCGUGACGGAUGGAUAUGUUGGAACAGUGAUUUUUUAUGCAUCAAAUCCGAAAAUCGCUGUGAUGGUUGGCCUCACUGCCCGCAUGGGGAAGACGAACGGUCGUGCGAUGACAAAGAGUAUUUACCAUGUCCCGCGGGCAGCACUAAGUGCGGAAACACAGAUAUCUGUGUACAAAAUACUAAACACUGCGAUCAUCAGGAUGACUGCCCUGGCGGGGAGGAUGAAACUAAUUGUCCCUGGAGCACCCCAAUAUCACCUCUGCACUGCCCUAUUGGGAGAUUUGGUUGCGAUGGAAUGUGCAAACCUGCUUAUCUGUAUUGCAACAAAAGGUACGACUGCUUCGAUGAGACGGAUGAACCCAAAAACUGCGACACUUCUAGAGUUUUUCAAAUGCUCGUUUUCAACGAUUUGGCUGAAAAGGUCACCUGCGCCCAUUAUUGA